UCGCGCUGGCUCAGAAUCGCAGAAUCGCCAUUGUUGAGGCUCGCGCAGUGAUGAGCAGCGUUAGCAGCGUAGCUUCCGCCGUCAAACCGACAUCUACAUGUUAUCAGUCGCGAGACGGAGCCUCGAGCUGCCGAGUGGACUGCGUUUUGUGUUGUUUUUUUUUUAUUUUUCACGUUUAUUUUGUCAUUUCGACGUUCCCCGAGGCGACAUGAGAGCUUGUGAGUGUCCGGACUGAGUCGUUAGUUUGACACCUGGAUCAGAAACCGUCUGUUUCUGCCGUCGUGACUGAAAACGGGUGGGAAAGAAAAACAGCGAUACAUCCAAAUUUUUGCAGAAAUUCCCAGAAAGGCCAUUCCGCUUGAGGGUUUUGGAGUUUGAAGGGGAUGUGUUCAAGGCAAGAGAGGAUUCAAAAAGACGUCGACAUCGUAAUACAGAGGUGCCAGGCGGAGAAAGGCUGCCUUUUCUCGGAUUUUCGAUUCACUGACGCCACGUUUACGUUCAGCUACUCGAAAGGAUCGAAAAGUGUGUCCUACUCUGUACAUGUCUCUGAUGAUUAUCCAGACAACACAUACGUCUCAAACUCUGAGAACAACGAUGAUGUAUUAGUAACAAGAGAUCCCAUACCAGUUAUUUUCCAUAGAAUUGCAACAGAGAUAAGGACAGCUAACGAUGACAGUUGUCUUUCCAUUAAGUCAAAGCUUCAAAUUGACAAAAACCCGUGCCAUUACACUGUAGAAGAGGAUUCAGAGGGAGAUAAUGACUCUGAAGAGUUCUACUAUGGUGGACAGGUGAAUUAUGAUGGGGAACUUCACAAACACCCACAGCUGGAGGCCGACCUGGUAGCCGUGAGGGAGUUAUAUGGCCAUCAUGCAGUAUCUCUCAGGGAAUAUGGUGCAAUCGAUGAUGUAGACAUUGAUCUACACAUUGAUGUCAGUUUCCUCGAUGAGGAAAUUGCCCUUGCCUGGGAUGUGGUCAGGACUGAACCUGUCAUUGUACGUCUUCACUGCUCGCUCACGCAGUAUCUGAAUGGACCAGUUCCCACCGUUGAUGUAUUUCAAGUGUCCACAAAAGACAGGUUUGGCCUGGGACAUCAACUGAAAAAGAUAAUGCAGACCUUUGUCACACAGCAGUGGAAGCAUCAUACUAAAGACAAGCUUAACUGCCCACAUAGCAAAAAGCAGACAGAUAAGAAGGUGAAGUCUCCUCUGCAUAUCUUCUCAACCCUUCGCAGGUCCCCUAGCUAUCCCCCACCCGGCUGCACAAAGAACAAAAAGAAACUAAAGCACGAGCAGGAUGGUGUGUCCAAAUCUCAUCGGCUCUUGCGCCGUACAUGUUCGAGCGCAGUGAAGCCUGAGGUGGACGGCUGUUCUGGGAAGCCGCGCAAACUCCUGGGCCCUUCGCUGUCAGAGCAGACGCCUGGACUCAAACCACCCCAACAGCUCUUGCCGAGGCCUGAAGAGAGCAUGAUCUCACGGCCUCACCGACUCCUGCCACGCUCCGGCUCAGGUGAGCCUCGGUGUGAACGUAGCACAGGUGCCGACAGUAGCAGCGUUCUGAAGCCCCACCGGCUCCUUCAUCGUACCGAUGAACUGGACGGUCUCAAGCACCACCAACGGCUCCUCGGCAGGUCCUGCUCCAGCAGUGCCAAGAUCACCAAAGGCGAACUGCUCAAGGAACCGUCUGGAGAAAGUCGUCGUCUCUCGCUCACCUCAGGGCUCAUAGGCAUCCUGGCCCCGGCACUCUCUCCUGCACCUCCGCCAAACAAUGGAGCCAAAUCUAUUCCAGUCAGAGACCGUGGCUUUCUCGUCCAGACAAUGGAGUAUGCAGAGCAGAGGAUCCCAGUGCUGAAUGAAUUCUGCGUGGUCUGUGAUGAACCGCAUGUGUUUCAAAAUGGACCGAUGCUCAGGCCCACAGUGUGUGAGAGAGAGUUGUGUGUCUUCGCCUUCCAAACAUUAGGAGUCAUGAAUGAGGCUGCUGAUGAGAUCGCCACAGGUGCCCAGGUUGUUGACUUGCUGGUCUCCAUGUGUCGCUCUGCAUUGGAAUCACCGAGAAAAGUAGUCAUUUUUGAGCCAUAUCCCUCUGUAGUAGAUCCCAGUGACCCUCAGUCCUUGGCCUUCAACCCAAGGAAAAAAGACUAUGAUCGAGUAAUGAGGGCUCUCGAUAGCCUCACAUCUAUAAGAGAAAUGACCCAGGCACCAUAUUUGGAGAUAAAAAAGCAGAUGGACAGAAUUGACCCCCUGGCUCACCCACUGUUGCAAUGGGUCAUAUCUAGUAACAGGUCUCACAUAGUGAAGCUACCAGUGACCAGACAACUCAAGUUUAUGCACACCCCACACCAGUUCCUCUUACUCAGCAGCCCACCGGCCAAAGAAUCCAACUUCAGAGCUGCCAAAGGCCAUUUUGGGAGCACCUUCGCUUUCCAUGGAUCCCACAUAGAGAACUGGCACUCCAUUUUGAGGAAUGGUUUGGUUGUGGCCUCUAAGACAAAACUCCAGCUCCAUGGCGCCAUCUAUGGGAGUGGAAUUUAUCUCAGCCCACUGUCCAGCAUAUCCUUCGGCUACUCAGGGAUAAACAAAAAGCAGCAGAAAAUUGCAUCAAAAGACGAAACUGCUACAAACAAGACCAACAUUCAUCUGCAGUCGCAGAAAAAAGGUCAGCAGCCACAGUUUCUGCAGAGUCGCAAUCUGAAAUGCAUAGCCUUAUGUGAAGUUAUUACUUCGCCGGACCUUCACAAGCAUGGCGACAUCUGGGUAGUCCCAAACACCGAUCAUGUCUGCACACGAUUUUUCUUUGUCUAUGAGGAUGGACAGGUGGGGGACACAAGCAUCAACACGCAGGACCCCAGCAUCCAUCGAGAGAUCUUACGAGUCAUCGGCAACCAAACAGCCACAGGAUGAACGACUCCAAAAGCAAUACCGCUGCCUAAAACUGCCCUCCUGACUCAGAGCUGGAUAUUUGAGCAUAGGAGGUUUUAUCGUAGGUAUUUUAUUAACACAAGACAAGAGAGAAAAUAUCUACAAAAUCAGUGAGAGUUACCCAUUUACACAGUAUUUACACUGGUUAAUCACACUCUGUACAUUUGCCAGGUUUAUGAAUAAAAUAUUCAUUUUUAAAGUUUGUGGUAUGUCUCUCGGUUCAGCCGACGAUUUUUUUUUUAAGUUAAGAAAGAAAAGAUCGUUCUUUCUGUAACAUUUUAAGACUUCUGUCUGAUGUUAUUUGGCCUUUGUGGUUAUACACCAUUCUGCAUUGUUUACUAAGAAUUGGACUUUUAAAAGUACAACUUUGUACUUACCGAAGGUGUUGAUAUGCACUUUAUUUUUUCUUAAUGUAUGGUUUUAGUUCCAACUUUAUUAUAUUAAAAUGCCUUCAAAGACGGUAGGUUGCGUAUUGACUUCGGUGAUGGUGAGCAGAGCAGAGACGUUAAGAGCUGAAAGGUUGCUGUGUUUACAAAUCCCAUGUUCCUGAGCUACAUGAGUUAUUACAUGCUACCUGGAAGUAGCUGCUGGUUUACAGUUUCCAAAUAGAAGUCACAGUUUAUUCUCUCUGAUUCCACUGCGACUUUUUUCUUUUUUCAACCCGAUGACUGUGACAUUAGGUUGCCAUUUUGGUAUGAUUAUCAUGAAAAGAUGAGGUAUUUAAUAUAUAUUUGAAUGACACUGAUGGGAAAACAAAAUGCAUGUGGCUUUCCUUACAUUUUCAGUCAGUUUGUGUUCUUAGAUAUGUUAAUAGCAUUUUUAUACAAGACAAACUGGCGCCCAGUUACAAAAUGUAUUUAAAUAUUUCAGUAUAUCAUUUUGUAGAGGUGAUUUAAGAUGGAAUAAAAGCUCGCAGUGUAUUUAUGCAUUAUGGGAUCGAAAUGAGAGCGACCUCCACAAUUACUCUUAUUUCUCUGAGGCAUUGAGUUCAAACGUUGCUAACAGAAGAUCGAUGAUAAAUAAAUAAAAAAGCAUCUUUCACUGAUUCUUGAUUAAAUUCUACAUUGACCCAAUCAAAAUAAAGUGGUACAAAGGCAAUCAUUUUAUAACAUUUGUAUAAAUAUAUAAAAUGAUAGAUUUUGUGAGCUUUGGAUCUGGACUCAUGCUAUCUAUGUUCAGAUGUAAAAUAAUACAUAAGCAGGCUACUACAGUAUCUUAGUCUUAAAGUCAAAUGACCCCCGGAUAACAAUUGUUCAAAAAAUUCCAAACCGUUGAAAAUGGUUUCUUAACAAAGUGUGCUCAGUGUUUUGCUUGUAUGGUUUUGUAUAUUCCACAGAACUCUCAUGCCACUUAGCAUUUGGUGCCUUACAGUGAAGGAUUAUUGGGAAACAUAUAACAAAACUGUACAUACUGUAAAUACUGCCAGAACAACACGGAGUCCAACUAUUUUCUGUAUUCAGUUUUUACUUUUUUCUUUAGUUUGGGAACAGAUCGAGCUUUGGGUCUUUUUACAAGUUCUGGAAACAGUAGCUUAUGUACCUGUUUAUGUUCAAUAAAGUUGAAUUUACCUAUAAAUCCAAA